UCAUGUGACCAGCGUAGCCCAGGUUGUGUUGAAAGCAUCCGGUGUUAGCACUAAGCUAUCAGCUGAUAAAAAUAAUAACUCUGGACCGCGAUUAGGCUAAUGGAAAACUAGUGUAGACGAAGGCGCUGAAGAUCCCGAAAGAACAUGACCUGUGUAUGAGCUGUGUCUGCUCGAUGGUAUUUAAACAGUCAGUAAAACAAAAGCGUACGCUAGCGUUCAAAGUUUGACUUGCAGAGGCUUUGCUAGCUACUACUUUGCAAUCAACUACUACUACUACUACUGCCGCAAACGAUGUAACCUGUCCUGUAGCUCCGGGGGAAUUGCGAAAUAACAGUAUCUUUAAUUAAACUAUGGCCUGCAAAUUGACAACACAUCAACGCCAAUAAUAAGUCAAGUCUAUUCCGCGUUAAUUUACUCUAAUGUGUAGAAGCUAACGCUAAACCGAGCAGUGUUGUGUUUAUUACAAAGUAGGGACACUGUGAACUUGCGUUGUUAUUUAGCCUGGGCAUCAACGGACAUUGAAAGCAUUCCUAUUGAUAACGGCAAAUAUUAUACCUUUAUAAGCAUAGUUCAACAACAGGAUGCCCCAUGACAGAGGAUUAACAGCGAGACCUAAACAUUUGGACGACACAUCUGUCCCACGAGCGCCAUGCAGUCUGAAGAGUGUGCACCAUCGUAUUUAGGGCUUUAAGUGUUCAUGUUUAAAUGCCAUUAUAUCCUGCAUUUUAUACCAGGUUAGAUUUCCAUAUUUGGCGUUAGUUGAAUUUUUGUAAGUUAUGCCUGGAGGCGUAUCUGAAAGUAGUGAUGACUCUGAUUCACAAACAAAUGAAAAACCCUCCACCGUCAAGCAUCAAAUCACUGAUGCAAACCUCACAGGCCACACUGAGAAGGUCGGUAUGGAGAACUUUGAACUGCUCAAAGUCUUGGGGACUGGAGCUUAUGGGAAGGUAUUUUUGGUCAGGAAGAACAGUGGCCAUGAUGUGGGCCAGCUUUAUGCUAUGAAGGUGCUGAAGAAAGCCGCCAUUGUUCAAAAGGCCAAAACAACAGAACACACUCGCACUGAGAGGCAGGUCCUGGAGCACAUCCGGCAGUCCCCCUUCUUAGUCACGUUACACUAUGCCUUUCAGACUCAGAGCAAACUGCACCUUAUCCUUGACUAUGUAAGUGGUGGAGAGAUGUUUACCCAUCUUUACCAGCGUGAUCACUUUUCUGAGGAGGCAGUUCGUAUUUACAUUGGGGAAAUAAUAUUGGCACUUGAGCAUCUACACAAGCUUGGCAUUGUAUAUAGAGACAUCAAACUGGAAAAUAUUCUUUUGGACAGUGAAGGACAUAUAGUAUUGACAGAUUUUGGGCUCAGCAAAGAGUUUCUGAAUGAAGAGAGGGAAAGGACAUAUUCAUUUUGUGGCACUAUAGAAUAUAUGGCUCCAGAAAUCAUUAGAGGAAAGACUGGUCAUGGAAAGUCAGUAGAUUGGUGGAGUCUUGGGAUCUUAAUGUUUGAACUGCUCACUGGAGCAUCUCCUUUUACUUUGGAGGGAGAGAGAAACUCCCAAAGCGAGGUUUCAAAACGUAUUCUUCGCUGUGACCCUCCGUUUCCUUCUAUGAUCGGGCUGACUGCUCAGGACCUGUUGAAGAAGUUAUUGGUUAAAGACCCUCACAGAAGACUAGGCUCUGGACCAAGAGGGGCUGAAGACAUUAAAGCACAUUCAUUCUUUAAGGGACUCAACUGGACUGACCUAGCACAGAAGAAAGUGCCAAGUCCAUUCAAACCAGAGCUGAAGAGUGAGCUGGAUGUGGGAAACUUUGCUGAAGAAUUUACAGGAAUGGACCCAGUUUAUUCUCCCGCCAGCACUCCGCCCAGCACAGACCGCCUUUUCCAGGGCUACUCAUUUGUUGCUCCAUCAAUCUUGUUCAAUAAGAAUGCAGUCAUGGGAGACUUUGUACAAACUCAGAUCGGUGCUGAUCGACCAGGCUCUGCCUCUGUACAGCGAAGUGCAAUGCUGCGGGAGUCCCCAUUUUUUCUGAACUACGAGUUGUGUCUUCUGGGCCCACCCUUGGGUGAGGGUAGUUUCUCUGUGUGCAGAAAGUGCAGACACAAGCAGACUGGCAACGAGUAUGCUGUGAAGAUCGUCAGUCGCAGAAUGGAGGCAAACAGCCAGAGGGAGAUAGCUGCUUUGAGGCAGUGUGAAUCUCACCCCAACAUCGUCAAACUGCAUGAGGUUUACACAGACCAGUUUCACACCUAUUUAGUGAUGGAGCUUCUCAAAGGCGGAGAGCUGCUGGAGAGAAUAAAGAGGAAAAAACUCUUUGGUGAAGCUGAGGCCAGUCAGCUGUUACAGAGCCUGGUCUCAGCUGUGAGCUUCAUGCAUGAAGCAGGUGUUGUGCACAGAGACCUCAAACCAGAGAAUAUACUGUUUGCUGAUGAAGCAGAGGAUUCUGUGCUCAAAGUGAUAGACUUUGGGUUUGCACGCCUUUGUCCAGCAGGGAGCGCUCCUUUACAAACUCCCUGCUUCACGCUGCAGUAUGCUGCGCCAGAACUGUUUGAGAGCGCGGGUUAUGACAAAGCCUGUGACCUCUGGAGCCUCGGGGUCAUCUUGUACACAAUGCUGUCGGGCCAGGUGCCGUUUCAGAGCAGCCAAAGAGGCAUGACGUCGUCACAUGCAGCUGAUAUCAUGCACAAGAUAAAAGAAGGGGACUUCUCGUUGGAGGGAGAGGCCUGGAAAGGGGUCUCAGAAGACGCUAAAGAACUUGUCAAAGGCCUGUUGACAGUGGACCCUGAGAGGCGUCUAAAACUGUCUGAUCUGAAGGAGAACAGCUGGCUGCAGGGAGGAGCGUCCAUGUCCACCACUCCUCUGUGCACUCCAGAUGUGCUAGAGUCCAGUGGACCAACCGUACGAACUUACGUCAAUGCCACUUACAAGGCUUUUAACCGCGGUAAGAGAGAGGGCUUCUUUCUGAAAAGCGUGGACAAUGCCCCUCUCGCUAAGCGCCGCAAGCUGAAGAUGACAAGUACAGGUGUGGAGACGCGAUGGAGCUCAUCCUCUUCAUCCUCAUCGUCAUCAACGUCCUCCUCUGCCUCAGCCUCUGUGUCCAAAACAGCACCAAAGUCCACGGUGACCCCCAAGAAGAGUUAGCCUGGAAACAAACUCAAUGGUAUUCGUAUACUCAGUUUAAGUGUUGGUCUGCCCACUCCAGAAACAGAAUAAAAACUAAAGGUGGGUUAUGACUGUUUAAGUUUCCUCUUUUUUACAUAUAAUAUUGUCCAUGAAAUUAAUAUAAAGUUCUCUUAUUGCUUUUUUAAAAUCAAACCAAUCAUGCAUUAUAUUUUACAUCCAGGAAGUGAGGUUUGGGAUUUUAUCUUUUAAAUUCUAUGGCCUUAAAACUGUUCUUAAGUAUUAUGUGGAGGGGAAAAAGGGAAGAGGAGCCAUUCAUGUGCAGAAGCCAUAUAAACAGUUUAAUAAUGAGUAGGAAGACUAUUGUAGAAGCAGUAAUUGCACAAAGAAUAACCUUUGUUUGCCACAUGUGACAUACAGUUAUGGGCAAAUUGAAGGGUAGAGUUUGGCCAAUAGCAUCAAAAAGCUCUGGCUCUGUGUUUUAGUUAGAUAUAUAUUUUAGAUUGUAUUUUUAGUUAGUGUAAAACAAAGUAUGAGAUUGUAAAAUAUUUUGAAGAUCAUCACAUGAUCUGUAUUAAUUAAAUGGCGACCAGUUGGAGAUAUGUUAGUAUGUGAUAGAGGUGGGAGAUCUAUUGGAAAAAAGGCACAAAAAAAUCACAAUUUCUGUUCGGGAAAUAUAUAAAAUGUGAAAAUUGAGUAUAUUGUGUAUAAAUAAAAUUAUAAAAGAAUAAAAUUGACAUGAUAAACAAAAAACAGCUGGUUAAAGACAAGAUGAACCUAAAAACCUAAUGAUAUUAUUGCACUAUUACAGGCUUAUUUUGGCACAUUCGAUCAGAUAUCAAGAAAAAAUUGUGAAUGUCACCCACCUCUUUGUAUGGUUAUUAGAGGACUUCUAACUCUUACAUAAACCUGUGCAGUCCUAAUGGAGCGAUCUUUACAAAGCAGUUGCACCUUUAACACACUACCACACCACUGCCCCAGAGAACAUAUCAGGCUUCUCUGAUUACAAGUUUGAGCCAAAAUGGCGGCUGAACAACCACGCAAAUGUCUGUGAGCUGUAUAUGAGCAUUAGGGUUUAGCAUGCUUUUUGUUGUGAUUUUUGUAUAAAUGACUUCGCCUUUAUUUGACACUUUUCCAUACCAGACCAUAGCCUUUGAACUGGGAAUUUUAUGUCUAUUGAUCCAUGCAGUUUUGAUGGUUUUCUGCUGUACGGACUGCAGUGGUCACAUAGAUAUUUUAUUUUUUACACUGUAUCACUUUGAGGUGAUUUUAAAGACACUUACGACAUUAUGAGGGUGCACGAGCUAAAGCUGAUUUGUACCUGCCAAUCAUCGAUCUAAAGCAAAAAAUGUAUGUUUUAUGGCUCGGAGUCUCUGGAUGUAAUUAUGUUUAUCAGAUUUUCACAUGCUGCACUGGCAGUUUAUCAGUUAACACAUUUCAGCUUUAACGGUGCUUUCACUGAUAUUUAUUAUUCGCUUUGUUGUUUUACAAUGCCGUGGUAUUGGGUUUAAACCUUUAGACUUGUCUGUACCUUUGCUGUUGUGUCUUCAAAGAAUGAUUAUGAACUUGUUUGUAUAAAAUUAAGCAAUUUUGUGUUUUGUGCUGUUCUUUGUCGGCUGCUUCUGUCUUUUAAAGUUGUUUCUAAGCAUCUGCUACAAUUUGAUCCCAGACUGUUUUGUUUUACUAGUGUUGAUAUUUUGUUGUAGGUAAUAUGUUUUUGUUUUUGUACUUUUUCUUUUGAGCAUUGCUAUCUUCCUGAGAUGCACUGUCACUGAUGUUGUAACUGGGAUUUAUGUUUUUGCACCGAUAUUUUUUGUGGGGAUGGUGCAAAAUAAAUUGUACUUUUCAGUAGA